UGUUCCCGAAAGAGUGUUGACCGUCAUGGCGGAGUGUGCGAGUGAGCCGAAACCCGGAGUUCCUCACACCAAACUAGCUUCUUCAGAUGUCGUGGGGGUCGAGCUGAAGGAUGACACUCCGGGGGUCAGCGGGGAGGUCAUGCUGGUCAACACAGACAGCUUCGAGGAGUGCAACCAUGACCUGGACACGCAGUUCAGCGGCGGGGAGGACGCCCCCGACUCUCCCAUUAGGAAGGUGCAGGAGGAGCAGGAGAGUGAGCUUGUUGGGGCAUGGCAGUUUGCAAAUGACAGAAGAAGAAGAGAAGACCCCCUCAGAGGACACCACCACCACAGAAACGGAGCCGGGGGACGAUGACGAUGGUGAAGACUCCCAGGAUGAGGAGUAUCUGGAGAGCCUGGAGUGGAUUCAGCAGGAGAAGCAUGUGUUCAUUCUGAGCGAGUCAGGGAAACCUAUAUACACAAGACAUGGAAAGGAAGACAGACUUGUGACCCUAUUCGGCCUUAUGCAGGCGCUGGUGUCAUUUGUAGCAGAUUGCGAUGAUGUUAUAAGAUGCAUCAUAUCUGGCAACCACAAAUUUGUAUUUCUCGUAAAGUCACCUUUGAUCCUAGUUGCUGUGUCACACACUGUUGCCAGUGUUCCACAGCUUAUUAUGCAGCUUACCUAUGUUCACAACCAGAUUGUCAGCGUCCUCACUGGAUCUGCCCUCACUAGAAUGUUUGAAAAACGACGCAACUACGAUUUCCGUCAUUUACUGGGAGGAACGGAACGGUUGUUGGACAACCUCCUGAAUCUCCUGGACUGCCAUCCUUCCUUCCUCUUGGGAGCCGUUCAGAGUUUACCUCUUGCCACAUCCGUCAGGGACACAAUCACUCAGACUAUCAUUCAGUAUUGUUCAAAGAUUAAGUGGAUACCUGUUUGGCCACAUAUCAUAUUUGGCAGAUGACUGUGAAGCCUGUCUCUUGUUGCUCACAGUAGACAGAGAACAGUUCUUCACACUCUCAGAGGCAAAGCAGAAGAUAGUAGAUCGAUUGAGAAGACAUCAUUGUUUAGAAGGCAUAAACACGGCAAUCCGCACAUCUGCGUACACAGUAAAAGCUGUAGGAGCCCCAGAGUUAAGACAUUUUUUGUACAAAUCUAAAACAACAGCUCAGUACACUUGUCCAGAAUAUACAGCUCCGUAUCACACAGAGGAAGAGCAGAAGCGCUUGUUUGGCAUGUACCAACUCCUACACCACCGCGUGCACUCUGCAGCCCGCCCUCUCAAGAUGGUCUACAUGGUAAUGGACACAGAAACACUGGUUGGAUGGGUAACAAAGGAGUUUGAACUGUAUGCCGCACUGGAACCUCUAGUCACCAAGAGUAAUGCAAUUUUAUUCGUCAACAAACUACUACGAUGGAUCAAAAAUGAUGAAAACAAACUAUUCAUAUUAAGUUCCCCCACAUUUUAGCCGGUGAAGAAUGAUUAUCAAGAAAUUGUUUGCCACUAUUUUCACCCUUGCAUGAUUUUUAAAUUAUAUUUAAUUCAUUGUAUGAAUUGGACUUGGUACAGUGAUUCCUAUAUAAAUAGAGAUAUUUAUUAUUAUCAGGGAAAGUUUCAUGAUCAAAAUAAACAUUCCAGUAUAGAAA